AUGUGCCGCUCCGCCCCCGCCGCUGACUCCGCAUGCGCCGCAGCCGACGCCGACUGGUCCGACGGCCUCGCGGACCCGCACGGCGGGGGUGCGCGGCGCAGCGAGGUGCACUGCGAGCGCUCCGUGCCCAGCCGGCGUUCCCCCGCCUUCCGGCACGGGCUCGCGGCAAAGGGGCCCGAGAACUGGUGUCCGGCGGCAGGCCCGAAGCCGCCGGACAGCCUGGGGGAGCGGGCACCUGGGUACGCCACUGACGUGGACGAGGCUGGGCGGCAGAGGUACGACGACCUGCUUCGCUCCUCGCUUCUGCCCGGCGGCGGGGGGGGGCGGCUGCUCGGCUACGGCGGAUGCCCCCCGCGCGCCGACGGCCCGCUGGGCGCCGCGGUGGACGGGUGCCCCAGCCAGCGCGGUGUGGAGCCUCCUCGCAGGUUCCCCAAGGAUCCGUUCAGGGUCCUGCAAGCGCACGGCCUGCGUGAUGACUACUACUCCACCCUCCUGGAUUUCGCCGCUGCCGACGACCUCGCCGUGGGCCUUGGCAGCGCGGUCGACCUGUGGAGCUCCAAGACCCGCAUUAGUUCCAGGCUUGUGCAGCUGCGGGGGGCGGACGUUGUCCAGUCAGUGAAGUGGUCGGCUGCGGUCUGCUCGAGCCUAGCGGUGGGCACGCUCGCGGGGGAGGUGAGUCUGGAUCCGAAACCUCCUCCAGGCCUUGUCCUGUGA